UCCAACUUCUUUGUACCUCAUAUUCAUUUUCGUGUUGGGCAGCUUUAUUGAAAGAAUCAUCGGCAGCAGGAUGAGAUUCGGACUAAUCGUCGCCACGGCAAUCUUGUGCACUGCCGGAGUUUAUUCCAGCGAUCGCAGUGACACUGAAGCAGCCCUCAGGAGCAUUAUAAAUUUCGACAACUCAGUUUACGAGAAACUUUCCAGGGAUAAACAAACGGAAAACCUCAUAGUUUCGCCGUUGAGUGCCCACUUUCUUCUAACACUCAUAGCCAAUGGGGCGAAAGGUGUAACAUUCAACGAACUAAACAAUGCACUCCAUCUGAAUAAUAAAGCGUACGAAGCUGCGCACGGCUACAAACUGGCGCUGUUGAACAGAUUAAGGAACAUCGAAAAUGCCACCUUCGACUUUGCCAAUCGCAUUUACGCCAGGGGUAACUUGAAAUUGGAAGAUUCGUUCAAACAGUUCGUUGAUCGCAUCGAUUCAGGGGCUCUCCAGAAAUUCAACGAUCCAUAUUCCACUAUCGAAGAAAUCAACAAAUGGGUCAAACAAACGACCCAUGGAAAAAUCCACGGAGUCAUCAAGGACGGUGACUUUAAUGACAACACGAUAAUGGUUCUUCUGAAUGCCAUUUAUUUCAAAGCCAAUUGGGAACGAAAGUUCGACAAACAAGAGACGUCUCUCGAAAAGUUUCACACUCCUAGCGGGACAAAGGCAGUGAAUACCAUGAAAGUCAAGGGAAAAUUCAUCUGUCAGAGAAUUGACAAACCCGAUGCCUACUACAUUGAGCUCCCGUACACGGCCAGGAAGUUGAAAAUGGUUAUUGUGAUGCCGAAAAAUACCGACAAGUUAGCCGAAGCUGCAGAGUUUGUCAAGCGCAACGGUAAUUAUCACUUUUACGGUGAAGAGGAGGUCAAUCUGUCCUUACCAAAGUUCAAAAUUGAAAGCGAAAUCAACUUUAAACCAAUUUUGGAGCACUUGAAGGUCAAGAGUCUUUUCACACAAAUGGCCGAACUAGGUGGUAUCGCCAAAGAAAAACUGUUCGUUAGUAGCAUUAAGCAAAAAGCUUUCAUCGAAGUUGACGAGGAAGGAAGCGAGGCAGCAGCUGUUACUAAAUCUGAAUUAGAGAACAGAUUUGGCGAUGAUCCUCUAUAUUUGGACAUAAACAGGCCUUUCUACUUCGCAAUCCAGUAUCAAGGGCUAGUUCUGUUUGAAGGACACGUUGUCGACCCAUAAGGCCGCAUGUUAUUUAUUUUACCUCACAUGUUAUAUCCCACCUUUUCCCGAAUUGACCCAAAGCGUCCCGAGAGAAACUUCAUGGAAAACAUCCCUUGAUGCAAAAAAAAAAAAAAAUAAUAAUAAUAAUCUUUACCAGGACGAGACGCGAAGUUUAGAUACAAGUCUGGAAAUAUCUACGAGUUCACCCCCAACCAGGAGUCAAACCCACGCUCUGUUUGAGCAUUCGU